AUGACGGUCGCCGGUCACAGCUACGCCUCCUUUCCCCAGCAAGUUGCACGGGCCAAUGAAAUUCUUCCACAUGCGCAGGCAGAGCAGCACGCUGGACCUCACUACCCCUGUCAAGACAAUUCCUGGGACCCUGCCGCCUUCGAUGCCUACCACACUGGAGGAUUGCAGCAUCACGGGACUCGCACUCAUGGUUCAGCUGCCUUCCCAACCACACUGAACACACUCAUCGAUUACAACUCGAACAACCCAAAACAGGCACCUGGUGGAGGAUUGCACCCCGAAACUGGCUUCUACAACACCUCGUUGAACCGUCUAGAUAUUGGAAAUAACUUGGGACUUGCCCCACAGCUGCUUUGGCCAGACCCCUUGAGCAACACUUACGGCUAUGAUCAGCCAAUCAUGCCUACCACGGACUGGACCCAGCCUAUUUCGGCCUUCCAGCCCAAUCCAGCGCCAGCAGUUUUGACUGUUCCAGUCCCACCCACCACCGACGCAGCCAGCAUUCGCUGCCCCGAAGGCUGCCCUGAGACCUUCGGUCGCAACGAAGAAAUGCGGCGCCACAUGAAGAAGCAUGGAACGCCUCGCUUCAAGUGCCCCAUCUACGAUUGCCCCAUGACAUUCUACCGCAAGGACAAGCUACAGGACCACGCCAAGAAGGGCCACGGUAGCCGCGCAUCCCUGAACAUCCGUUAG